GGAAUUUUGGGCUGUGCGUUACUCUUUAUCUUAAAAUGAUGUCCAGACGGUGUCGUGCUGAGCAUUUAUAGAGAAGCGGGCGACAGCAGAAAGUCUCUCUUCAUCUCCGCCUCCACCUCCAGCCGGCCCGUUUCAGCUCCGCAACUGCAAGCAGGAGAGCUACACACCUUGGAUACGAGUUAACCUGUGUUGUAGUUGGUGAUUUGCUUCAAGGAAAAUGCAUCCUCCUUUGGCAUUGCAUAUGCAUCCAAUGUGUGCUGAAAUUAUUGAACAAUUCCAACAGUGUCAUUUGGACCAUCCCAUUGGAAAAUUCUUUGGCAAAUGUACAGACCUCAAAAUAAAGCUUGAUCGAUGUUUUCGGGAGGAAAAAGCUGUGAAGCGGAAGGCAAAUUUUGAACAGAGUAAGAAACUUAAAGAAAGGCUUCAGACAUUAAGGAAGGAAGCCGCUGAGAGAAGCCCUGAGGAGAAGAAUUUUAUGUGAGCAUAACACUGAAGUGGGAAGUGUUGUCUGAAACUCCCCUGGAUUCUUAAUUGAGACUAUACAAAUCUUUUUUCUAGCUUAGAAAACAUUGAAUGGCCCAUACUUCACAUUGCCACAAAGUGAGAGAGAAUCUGGAUUAUAUAGUUUAUCGCAUAUUGUGGCAUUAUAUUAACUGUCAUUUUUUCUGUGGUUGGAAAAAUAAUUUGAUUUACCCUGGAGGAAGAUCAUGAACUUCGAUUUAUCUGUUUGUACAAUUGCAAGGAGAUAUUAGUUUGUCAUUUCAUUUUAUAAAUUUCAUUUGCCAUGGUUCCA